CCGCGCGCUAGCCGCACUCGCGCGCCGAAGCUCGCCACAGACGCACGACCGAACGACCGACGCCUGCACCGGGUGUCGUAUUACCGCCGCUAAAUAUAUCUCGCGAGCGCGAUCGCCUAUUUGGAAACGGACGCGGGCCGUGUUUUGAACCAGUGAUUGACAGUGUCGAGUGAAGAAUCUCCCCUAUCGACGAGAUCGACCGGCGAUCAUGGCACAGUUGAUAACUGUGCGGCUGAACAAGUCAGACCAGCAGCCGCUGGGUUUCCGGCUGCAAGGCGGUAAAGACUUCGGCACGCCCCUCGUCGUACAAAAGGUGAACGGUGGUGGCGCAGCGGAACGCGCGGGGCUGCAGGCGGGCGACGCACUCAUCCGCGUCAACAGCACGGACGUGUACACGCUGCGUCACCAGGAGGCGCAGGACGCCAUCCGCGCCGCCGGGUCCGCGCUCGAGCUCACCGUGCAGAGAGAGCGCGCGGGGCUGCAGGCGGGCGACGCACUCAUCCGCGUCAACAGCACGGACUCGUACACGCUGCGUCACCAGGAGGCGCAGGACGCCAUCCGCGCCGCCGGGUCCGCGCUCGAGCUCACCGUGCAGAGAGGUGGCGGCACUUGGCGGCCAUCGGUGACCCCCACGGGCAGUCUGCCGCGGCCGGGCUCCAAGCUCGGCUCGAGUCCGGCCCCAGUCACCAACACAUCACUCAAGGCGACCCCACAGCCCACGCGAGCUUUUGGUUCCGGACACAACAAUGUUGCAAAACCCUUUGGUUAUAUGAACGGCAGUGACAAUGUGAAGAGCAUCGUCAACAAGCAAUACAACACUCCAGUGAACAUGUACAGUGACAAAACCAUCGCAGAGACGCUGUCGGCGCAGACCGAGGUCUUGGCUGGAGGUGUUCUUGGGGUUAACUUUAAGAAAAACGAGAAGACAUAUGACUCAGAGAAGAGUGCCGUCUUCAAAGUUCUACAAGAGGCGGAAAAUGAUCCAGAGCCAGUGUCGGAAGUGUCGACCGGCACGACGACGCCGGUGAGCGGCUUGCGGCACGUGAGCGCGCCCACCCCGCGCCCCGACGCGCCCAUCAACAACACCGGCGGCCUGCCGCCCGGACAGAACAUUUGCGAGGAGUGCGAACGACUCAUUACCGGCGUGUUCGUGCGCAUCAAGGACAAGAACUUGCACGUGGAGUGCUUCAAGUGCGCGACGUGCGGCUCGUCUCUCAAGAACCAGGGCUACUACAACCUGAACGGCAAGCUGUACUGUGACAUCCACGCCAAGCUGGUGGCGCGCCAGAACCCGCCCGCGCCCAAUCUGGACCCCGUCACCGUGCCUCCCGGUGGGCGUAUCCCCACAAACUCGUACUCGACCCCGCUGCCGCCGCUUGCUACCAACAACUACACCAACGGCUCCUCCUCUAUGUUCAGCCCGUCGAGCAACCUGUCGGGGCCCAAGCCGUUCGGCUCGUCCAUCGGCUCGGCGUACUCGCCCGCGUCGCUGUCACCGCGCUCGGCGCCGCUGUCGCCCGCGCGCCCGCUCGUCGCCCCGCCCGCGCCCGCGCCCGCGCCCGCCAUACCUGCGCCCACACCCUUCGCACCCAAGGCCCCAGUUUCGAUUUUUAAAGACAAAAAUACAAAAAGCAUUGUGUGGCCCCCACCAUUUCCUCCAGAAGAUGAACCUAUACUAGACACAAAUAUCGUUCAAAAACCAUCUUUCACCGAAUUUCAGUCACCAAUUGUGACAGAGAAUAGUAAUUUAAGCUCUCAAAUACAAACGAAGUCUUCUGAACAGAAUAUCACAUCAUCUCAACAAAAUUCUGAAUUCUCUUCAAACACUACAUAUGAAACAGCAGCUACAUCGACGACUUCAUCUAAAUCAGAAUCUUUAGUACAAAGCCAACAAUCCCAAUCAACAAAAGAAUUGUCUACUUGUACUGUUCAGUCGUCGUUUUCUCAAGCAGCUUCAUCACAUGAAUGUCAAAGUUUUUCUGUUUAUCAAACACAGCAAGCCUCUGAACUAGAUAGUAGCAAUACCAUUUGCAAAGAUAAAGUUAUUGGGAGUUUUGUAAGGCCAGAGAUUACAGAAAAUCAAAUUGCUACUUCUGAUGAAUUUAUAUCGAAAACAGAAAACAAGGAAGUUAAACAAAUAAAAUCUGAAAUAACAGAGAAAGACCAGAGUACAGUAAAUAUCGAGUCGGAUUAUAAUAUAAUUAAUACAGAUGCAUCAAAUCUAGAUGUAAAUACUUUAAAUGAAAAAAGUUAUAUAACCAGUGUAGAUGAAGAGGAAGCAAUAAAAAAACGCUGCGAAAUUUCAGAAUUAACUGAGACAAAUAUAAAAUCUUUUAACGAUUUUCAUAACGAUAUACAAAAACCUAUAUCAGUUCAAAUAGAUACUGCACAAAGUGACAUGGCGUUGUUUAAUCAAUCUAAAUCGGUUCAUUUACCUAUAAGUACCCGUAAACCUAAACAGUUUCCUUCAUCAAACACCCCUCAACCAACACCAUAUAUGUCAAAAGUCUUGAAAGGUAACGUAAAAACUACUCCAAAAGAAAAAACUUCUACUUCGAACCAAAUGACAGGAUCUAAUAUUGUGAGGGGAUCAUUAGCGGAUGCUCUAACAAUAGCGCCAGAUCGCCCUUAUAGUCCUUUGGCUUUCCAUAUUCCAAAUCAGAGUCUUUCAUCGACUUCAACAAGUGAAACUCAAUCAAUAUCAGCUGAUAAAAUACUUCCACCUCCAAUGCAGACAAGUACUGAUUUUCCAACGAACCAAAAUGUUUCUAAAUACGGUGAAUCGACUUUUCAAAAAGGAGGGCUGUUGCAGCCUUCGUCAGAAUUAUCAGCAUUUAAGCCUGUGAGUAAACAGACAUUUCCACCACCACCACCAUCUGAAUUUUCAGCAUUAAGUGGUGGUUCUCAAAUGAACAGAGAGCUUAAUCAAUUUUCUCGUAUAGAACAGGCAUCAUCUUCACAAUCGAAAUUUACCCAAAAUUCAGCGGUUUCUUCAAGUAAUGCAACCACCACUGAAGGAUUUUCAACUAUAAAAACUGAAGAUCAUUACUCACAAAAAUCCAAUAAACAAGAAUCAUCUACGUUUGCAUUAAUGCAAUCUGCUAUGCACAAGGCUGAAAUGUUUGCACCAAAUCAGCAAAAUCUUGAUCAGCAAUUGCCAUUUAGAGGAGGACCAAACACAGGUAUGCAGCAAGGAACUAUUGCUCCCAUACCGGUAAAUCCUCAAAAAAUUCAAAAUAUUCCCGAUCAAAAUAAAUUAAAAAAUAAAGUGCCUUCCAGCUCAAUGACAUUUCAACCUGUUAUGGAUGAAACAAUGCUAAGAAUUUCACCCGUUCGCAGCCGGCCCACUACUCCAAGUAUGAUUAAUAAACCUGCGCCAAUUAUUCCACCGUAUCAGAUGAACUUAGUUACUAUGGAACACUCAGCUCCUGAAAGCCGUAUGUACUCACCAGCUAGAGAAUUAGCUGGACAAUCACCUGCACCUAGAGGAUCAACGCGUUCACCAUCUAAUACACCAAAAGUACAGGCUCCACGAAUUAAAGAGUCAAAUCAAUAUUAUAAUGUAAAUCAGGCACCAAUUGUUAGAGAACAAAGAGAAUCAAACGUUGGUUAUCAAAGCGAGUCUUAUAAUAAAGGAGACCUAAAAAUUAAAGAAGAUUCCAUGUUUAAUCAAAACUAUGGUCAAAGACAGUUAGAAUCCCAAAAUAUCGCUGAAUAUGGCAAUACAACUGUACAAACUACCAGAAAAACUUACGAAGAAUUUGAGAGAGCUCAAAGUGCAAAAGUUAUAGAGAUACAAAAAGAUGGUUCUCAAUCUACUGGUUCCUAUCAACAAAUUCAAUCUAAUAUCCAACCCUCGUCCAAUAGAUCCGUCAAACAAGUUUUCCCUCCUACUGUAUCAAAUUUGACAUCAUCCCAACAGAAUUCGUCUUUUAAUACUACUAAUGAAAAUGUUGUCACCGCUAGAAAACAAGCUGAUUUUUAUCAACCGAUUCCUUUGAUAUCUGGUGCUAACCAAGGUCCAGUGUGUGAUCCUACCCCAUCAACAGGUUCCAGUGUAGGAGCUGCUAGUCGCGGCAAAACCUUUGGUGUUUCAUCAGCUCCCAAACGAGGAAGGGGAGUCUUAAAUAAAGCUGCCCUACCUGGAUCACGAGUUCCACUUUGUGGCUCUUGCAAUGGCAACAUUAGCUAUUUAUAUAGGUUUAAUGAAACACAAAUGAACAGUCAACACAAGACAGAAUUUAAAAGCCCCGCGGAAGAAAGACUUAUUAGAAAGAUGGCAAAAAUGGCUCUUAAUGGCUACGAAAUAGGAAUUCAAAGAAAAAUUAAACCAGCAGAUCACAUUCAAUCAAUGGCUGACAAAAUUCAAGAUACUGUAGUUACCAAGCAUCCUUUGAAUACUGAUGGUGUACCGUCUGGCGAUAAUAGCCGCGAGAAUACUUUAAAGCGACCUUUGAAUAAAAGUUUUGACAAAAGUUUCAAAUCGCAGGAUAACAGUUUAGUGAAUACAUUUAGUAGAAAUCAACUAACUGGCAAUGACGUCGUAACUUGCAGUAACUCACAUACGCCUAUACCCCCACCUCUGCCUACUACACCUGUGCCAACGUUUCAAGCCCAUAGCACUCCUAUAACCAAUAUUUUAAAUAAUAUUGCAACAAAGAGUCACAGCACAGACUUUAAUAAUAAAACAAACAAGCAAGAAUCCCAGUUGUUACAGUCAAACAUAGAAAAAUCUUACAACGGUGGAUAUUCCAGUAGUGAAGAUUCAAACAAAGAUUGUAGUAGAGAUAAAUUAGAGUACAAUUUCAACACCCUAAGAAAGAAUGGACCUGAAAAAGUACGACUUUUUAAUGAUAACAAUAUUUCAUUACAAGACGUCAACAAAUCUGAAUUAAAGCCCGAAAUUAAUUUCUCUAAUACCUUAAGUAAAAGAAAACUGUUUGAAAGAAGCGAUGCAAUGAAUGACUCAAGCUUUUCAGAUAACAAUUUUAAAAUGUUUGAUAAAAUUAAUAAUAGCACUUCAGAAAAAGAUCAUACAUCAAAACAUAACAGUUCAGAAAAUUCUGUCGAAGAUAUUAUAACUUCUGUAUAUCACGAAGAAAAUACGAAAAAGCUUCCUAACAGUUUAUACGAUAAUACAUUGUACACUUACAAGUCUGGUAAACAUAACGGCAUUGAUGGACAUUCUAAAAAUAAUUCAAAUGAAAAUAUAACCGAACACAUCGAACAUGUUAAUCAAACAUGUAAUUCAAAGCACGAAACAAAUAACAAAGACAACUCUGAUGAAAUAGUAGUAAGACGCAGAGAAAAGAAAAACAUCAGGAAUGAUGAUGGUCGAAGAGAUUCUCACAUAAUCGCAAGGCCCCUCAGUACAAUGACGUCAGUGGACGUCGCGGACGGACAGUACCCUGUAUGUCAUGUGUGUGACAAGGCUAUAACCAGGGGGCCGUUCAUUACUGCGUUGGGUCGGAUUUGGUGUCCUGAACACUUCAUCUGUGUGAACGCGACCUGCCGACGCCAGUUGCAGGACAUUGGAUUUGUGGAAGAAAAUGGACAACUCUAUUGCGAAUAUUGUUUUGAGCAAUACAUAGCUCCAGCGUGCGACAAGUGCCAUGCCAAGAUUAAAGGAGAUUGCUUAAACGCCAUCGGCAAACACUUCCAUCCAGAAUGUUUCGCCUGUGUGUACUGUGGGAAACUAUUUGGAAACAAUCCGUUCUUCUUAGAGGAUGGAUUGCCAUAUUGUGAAGCAGACUGGAACGAGCUAUUCACAACAAAAUGUUUCGCAUGCGGGUUCCCCGUGGAGGCGGGCGACAGGUGGGUCGAGGCGCUCAACAAUAACUACCACAGUCAGUGCUUCAACUGCACGGUCUGCAAAAAGAAUCUCGAAGGACAGAGUUUCUUCGCCAAGGGAGGACGACCUUUCUGCAAGAUACACGCCCGCUAGAACUCCGCAGCCAUUAAUUUAUAAUUCUGACACUGUUUAUUCUACCACCACUUUCCGUCCCGUCUCCAUAUCACCGUACUCGAUCCCAGAGACUGAUACUCCCACACCAAAGCGAACGAGGAUAUUAGAAACUCCACUCCACACCGAUGGAGGGCUGUUUUCUGAUAUACGGAGUACAGACGGCAAGUUGCUCAGCAAGGUAACCGUAGACCGUGUCCACAGCACUAGACACCAUAAUGUCACAGACGAGCCUCUCGCAUCACAAACUGUAGAUGCCCAUGGCAACAAGGAAUACAUUGACGACAUUAUCAAAACCGAAACUAUAACAAAUGAAAACGUUUUGAAAGUAAAGUUUACGCCUGUACCAUUUGAACUUGACUGUCUUAUACAAAAACCGAGACCGUACACUCCAGUCAAAUAUUUAAAAGAUGAUUUUGCAGAUUUGCAAAGUUACAAAAUUGUUAACUCCUUGUUCAAAGAUAAGUUCUUGAGUCCAAAUGAUAUGAGUGAUAUUGAUAUUGUCGACAGUGUUACAGACAGUCCGGUGAUGCGAGGGCAUAGUCCGCUGGCAAACCUAAUUGUGCCAGAGCAAUUAACUAAGAUAGACGGCUACUUGCAAGAAAGUUUAAACUUGUGUUCAGAAUUUCAAAAUGAAAAAAAUGUACCAACGCUUAAAACAUUUGAUGACGUAACACCAAAGAUAACAGACAACAAUGAGAACAAAUGUGAUAAUGUUGAAACAAAUACACAAAACAUUUUAAAUAUUGUCGAAUACCACAAAAAUGAAGAUAUACAUCGUAAUGAAACAAGGGACUGGGACGGAAAGUCGGAAACCAAAUCUAAGUUAAACAGUGUUCAAACAAAACAUCCGGGAGUUUUAAGCGCCAUUUACAAUAUGCCAAUGCAUUAUCAUGCAGCAUUACUGUGUUUCUUGUUAAUUGUAUAUAACCUUGUUUAUCAGUAUAUUAAGCAAAAUUGCCAUGGUAAAAAUCAAAGUGUAAGUUAAAUAAAAUUUAAAAAAAAACUAUUUUUAUCUAAAGAUUGUAUUGUAUAAACUAGUCAAGAAAUUGUGUUUACAAAUUAUUAUCAUUGAAACUUGUUUUAUUUUCCUAAACAUACCUGUCGGAAAGGAUGUAAAUAAUGAAAGGUAACAAAGCCAUUUCUCGUUUGUAUAAUUCUUUUAUAACUAGUACACAUCUAAUAUUUGAUGCUUUUCAUUACUAUAAAAAUGCUCGCAAGGAUGUGAUAAUUCACUUCUCUAAUUUUUAUAAUUUUAAGGCUUUGUACACAGCUUCCGGAAUGUUUCAAUAAACCGUCACUAACAUUAACAUUUAACAAUACAUAGUCUUAAACUUCAUCUAAUUUAAUAGACUCGAGGUUGGAGGUAUUUAUUGGUGCACCAACUUUUAUAAUAUUUUUCAUAAGAUUACCAUUUUUUAGGUAUAAAUAGUAAAUGCUAUUUUAUAUUAUGUCCAAAAACCAUUGUUAUUGAUUUUCUUUACCAAUAUAGGUAAAUGCAUAGUGCAAAAUAUACAUUUAAAACAAACAUAACCAUGUUGAAAGUUUAUAAUCUUAAUUUUAAUUACUAUUUAUUUAGAAAUAAAACAAUGCAAUUAGUAAUUAAUCAUAAGAACAAUAAUGUGAGCUUAAAUAAAGUAUUUUAUUUUA